UUCCUCAUUAGAGUGCUGUGUGUCGGUGUGACAGUCAUGAAGGACGGGAGCAGAGAGGAGCAGGUUUCCCGGCACGGGGUGUUUGAGGACUAUGAGAACUUCCUCCUCCAUUUGUGUCAGGAGGUGGGGCCGUGCCGGGACCCCCCGCUGCUGCAGAAGGCGGCCCGGUACCUGCAGACAGGAGAACCGGCAGAGACGUUCCUGCUGCUGCCGUUCUACCAGACCGCGCUUCAGGGCUGUCGUGCCCUGAGUACUGACUGCAGGAAACACCUGUCCGCUGUCAUCAAGGCGGCCGAGCUGCUGGAAACCCUCUGUGUCAAUCUGUUCCUGCAGCCCUGGAAGAAAGAAAUCAGGACUCUAAAGACUUAUACAGGACCGUUUGUCUACUACCUCCUGCCAGUGCUCAGCAGCUCCACCAUUCAGUCUGUCCUGGCCUCUAUUGGCUACCUGCCCCACACUGACACUCCUCUGAGUGAGUACAGACUGAGUGAGGAUGCUGACCCUCAGAGAGCCAUGCUGCUGGGCUUCGAGCUGCUGCUAGCCAGGGUGGAAUGUUACAACCUGCUCGAGCUCCUGGAGAAGCUGGGACCACAGGAGUGGCUGGGUGUUCUACGGAGGAAAGCAGGGCCUCAGAAACUGGAAGACGCCCCAGAAGAGAACACAACAAAAGCUCAAAAGGAAAAAGAGGAAGAGGAGGGGGAGGUAAAGAAGGAAGAACAGGCUGAUAGAAAAGAGGCCCCUCUGAGUUCAGACAACAGGCUGGAGUUUAGGCCUCAGCCUAAGCCUCGCCGCAACCAUCUCAACAGUGUGGAUCAGUCCAUCAUGGAGAUGCACAUAUCCUACCCUGACCUGUCCAUCAAGGGCCGCCGUCUGGUGCCGCACAGAGCUCUCCGAGCAGACAGCAGCUGGAGCGGCAGCAGAGAGGCUCCUACUGGCAGCACCAGCUACUCUGAUGUGGCUGAAGCAGUUAAAGGCCCCACAGCUGCUGCUGCUACCACUGUCCGCAGGAGAGAUGAUGGCCUUACUGCUGAGGACGUAACGGGAGACCAGAGAGGAGUCGCUGGCUGUACCGACCGGAGCAGUGGGAGCGCCAGCAGCAGUACCACUGAUGGAGGCAGAUUGGAUGAUGAGCUCAGCGGUCCUCUUUCCCUUCACCUCACUCACUCACUGAGAGCGGGAUCUGCAGCAGGGCAGAGCCCGGAGCCCGGAGACACUCAGCCUCCAGCAGAGCCCCCAGCAGAGCACACUGCAGCAGAGCUGCAGAAUAAGACAGCGGAUCCCCAGAAGCUCUCCUCCCUGAGCUCCCUGGACGAAGUUAAGAUGCUCAAAGAGCUUGAAGAGAGGAUGGGCCAGCUCUGUGUGCAGGACACCAAAGAGGAAGGGAAGGGAAAGGAUUACAAAAGAGAAGAGGAGAAUACGACCAAAGAGAGGAGGAGGAGGAGGAGAGAGAAAAAGGCAAGCGCAGAGGGGGAGGCCGAGGAGCAGAACCUUGGGAAGCCUCUGAUCGAGACCGGUCCAGCACCGAGCCACGCUGCCUGUAGAUCCUCUCAGUCUCAUCCCACAGAGAUGAAAGAGCAGAAGCAGCCCGCCGAGUGUCCCCACUCCCCGCUGAGCGCCAGAAAAGCCAACUGCCAGAUCUGUGCAGGAGAGACGGGCCAAGGGGAGGAGGAGCAGCUGGCUCAGAGCUUUGUUAUACUCUAGCACAGAGCCGUCAAACUUUAGUUCAGGGGCCGACAUACAGCUCAUCAUAGUGUGAAAACCUGUAAAUAACCGCAACUCCUUCCCUUUUGAUUGAACUAUCUUUUUAAAAAACAACUUGGCAUUUCUUAAGAAAACUCAAUUGCAAUUUGAAUAAUGCUAUGCCUCGUUUACAUGUGCAUCACAACGUACAGAUUACAGUGUGUUUACAAAAACAUUUAAUCUAUGGUAUCUGAAACUGAACGGUAUAGUGUUAUACUUCGUGAUUGUACAUUCAUUUCCACAUCUGUGUAGUAAUCCUGACACCCAUGCAUACACACUAAAGAGGGAACCUUUGAGUUAGAAGUUAUCCCUCUGCCUUGUAAAUGUAUAAAUACAAAAUAUCUAAAAGUUGAAAAA